AUGCUCACUUUUCAAAAUUCCUGCUCAGUACCCAGCUCCUUCCAGCUUGCCGGCAUCCCAGGGCUGGAGUCCCUGCAUCUCUGGCUUUCCAUCCCCUUUGGCUCCAUGUACCUGGUUGCCGUGGUGGGGAACAUCACCAUUCUGGCUGUGGUAAAGGUGGAGAAUAGCCUGUACCAGCCCAUGUACUUCUUUCUGUGUAUGUUGGCGGUUGUUGACCUGGUUCUAUCCACUUCUAUUAUGCCCAAACUGCUGGGAAUCUUCUGGUUUAGUGCUGGUGAUAUUGGCCUGGAUGCCUGCUUGGCCCAAAUGUUCCUCAUCCACUGCUUUGCCACAGUUGAGUCAGGCAUCUUCCUUGCCAUGGCUUUGGACCGCUACGUAGCCAUUUGCAACCCGCUACAUCAUACCACAGUGCUCACUCAUGCUAUGGUGGGACGGUUGGGGCUGGCUGCCCUCUUUCGGGGGGUACUCUACAUCGGACCUCUGCCUUUGAUGAUCCGCCUACGGCUGCCCCUUUACAAGGCUCGUGUAUCUCACUCUUACUGUGAGCACAUGGCUGUGGUCACCUUGGCAUGUGGUGACAGCAGGGUCAACAAUGUCUAUGGGCUAAGCAUUGGUUUUUUGGUCCUAAUCUUGGAUUCCAUGGCUAUUGCUGUCUCUUAUGUGAUGAUUUUCCGGGCCGUGAUGGGGCUAGCCACACCUGAAGCCCGACUUAAAACCCUGGGGACAUGUGGUUCUCACAUCUGUGCCAUUCUGAUCUUUUAUGUUCCUAUUGUGGUUUCUUCUCUCAUUCACCGAUUUGGUCACCAGGUACCUCCUCCAAUCCACACUUUACUGGCUAACUUCUACCUCCUCAUUCCUCCAAUCCUUAAUCCCAUUGUUUACGCUGUCCGCACCAAGCAGAUCCGGGAGCGGCUUCUCCAAAUGCUGAAGACAGAAACUAAGUUCAAGUGA